AUGGCGGCCGCGACCUCCCUCAGCAGCGCGGGCGCGUGGCCGCUCCGCCGCUACGGCCGCUUCGUGCGCUCGGGCCCGCCCCACGGCCAGGCUGCCGCCGCCACCACCGCGGCCUCGGGCGCCUGGACGGUUUUGGAGUCAAAUGAAGAAUCAGGGCAUCUUAUUCUCACCAUUAUUGUAUCUGGCCAUUUCUUCAUUUCCCAAGGACGGACAGUUCUGGAAGGUUUUUCAUUAAUCAGUGCCCAUACAUGGUUGAAGAUAGUAAGAAGAACAGAUUGCCUGUUGUUUGGUUCAAGGUCUAAGAAUGAAUGCCGCAUGUUUCGUGUUCAGUUUGAUGGAGAUUCAAAAGAGCAGGCAGUGGAGCACUGCUGUAAUUGUGUGCAGAAACUUGCAGAGUAUGUCACAGUUCAGGUAACAGAUGAGCAAAGCCAGGAGCUGCAAGGUCAAAGUCAGUUGCCCGACAGUGAAAGUCAAAUGCAACAACAUGCAUCGAUACCUCCUGGACCAAGUUGGAUGCUAGAGGAACCUCCGCUUCAGUUGUACACAAACAUCCCAGAAGCAAGAAGAUCUGUGGUACAGCUAGCACAGUCUGUACUGAACUCAAAAUCUGAGCUCCCUCAUGCGUAUCAGCAUUGUGUGUGGAGCGCCAAAGACUUGGGACCUUUUAUUCGCUUGUGUCUCAUGGAUCAGAAUUUCCCAGCCUUUGUGGAAGAAGUGGAGAAGGAACUGAAAAAACUGACAGAAGGAUGAGAAAUGUUAAUGUUACUUAGUAAACACAAAAAAGUCAAAUGUUUGGAUACUUGAUAAAUUGCUUCAAAUGUGUUUUUGUCAGUGUUUUAUUCUUAAAAACAGGUGAAUCCACUUUUUAUACAUCAUUGCACUUCAACAAAUACACAGAACACAAGUUCAUGCAUCUACAGUUAUGCACAACAUGAGGACCCUGGUAGGUCUGUAAUUCUACAGUCAGUCCUUAAAUCAACAUGAGAAGUUACAGUGUCAAACUGAAGAGUAUAACUAGUUGCAUAGAAUAUCACCAUGCUGUAACGUUUCAACAUCAUUUAAAACAAAACAAAAAAAGUAAAUUAUAAAA